AUGGCCGACCACGCGGACUCAAGCGCCAACUACUUGUCGAAGCAUCCAAGCCAUGCGGCAGUACAUUCUGGUGAGCCCUACGAGAAGAUGUCGGCCGGUCGAUACGUUGGAACGAGGCUGUCUUCCCUAAAGCCUCCCAUGGUUCCUCUGGAGAAUCCUUUCAGCCUUCUUCGUCAGCUCAACCGACAGCAAUGGGCAUUUUUUGGGAUUGCGUUUUGCGGAUGGGCGUGGGACAGCUUCGACUUCUUCACCGUAUCCUUGGCUCUUAGUAAAAUGGCCGCCACUUUCGGUGUCACAACAAAGCAAAUGACUUGGGGCAUUACCCUGACUCUUAUGCUGCGAUCUGUCGGCGCCAUUAUCUUCGGUAUCCUUGCAGAUCGUUAUGGCAGGAAGUGGCCUUUCAUCGGUAACAUGAUACUGUUUAUUGUCCUGGAGCUAGCGACCGGAUUCGUCUCUGACUACAAUUCCUUCCUGGCUGUCCGAGCACUAUAUGGUAUUGCGAUGGGAGCCCUCUACGGUAAUGUUGCAUCAACAGCCUUGGAAGACUGCCCUGUCCAGGCACGAGGUAUCAUAUCAGGUCUUAUGCAACAAGGAUAUGCCUUUGGAUACCUAUUAGCUGUCGUCUUCGCGCGAGCCUUGGUAGACACGACCAGUCAUGGCUGGAGGCCGCUAUUCUGGUUCGGCGCCUGUCCUCCAGUACUACUCAUAAUCUGGCGGCUGUACCUCCCAGAGACGAACACUUUCAUCGAGCGCCAGCAAGUGCGCCAGCUAAGUGAGAGUGCCGACAAAGUCUUCUUGCGGGAAGGUAAAGUAGCGCUCCAGAGGCAUUGGAAGGUGCUGCUGUACAUGGUGCUACUGAUGGCGGGCUUCAACUUCAUGUCACACGGGUCGCAAGAUCUAUAUCCAACACUCCUCACAAAUCAGUACGGGUUUUCGGCGAAUGGCGUCACCAUCACCCAAGUCGUCGCCAAUCUCGGCGCGAUACUCGGCGGCACAGUCAUUGGAUAUCUCUCUCAAUCUCUCGGGCGUCGUCUCUCCAUUAUUAUCGUCUGUAUUAUUGGCGGCGCUCUGCUCUAUCCCUACACCUUUACUGGAGACGACAAGGUCAUUGCAGCGGCAUUCUUCGAGCAGUUUUGUGUUCAAGGAGCAUGGGGAGUGAUUCCUAUCUACCUCAUGGAGAUGUCGCCUGGUAGCUUCCGUACCCUCGUCGUAGGUGCGAGUUAUCAACUUGGAAACCUGGCCUCAUCCGCAAGCUCGACUAUUGAGGCAACCAUCGGUGAACGAUUCCCAUUGCCGUCGAAAUUGGUUGCUGGCAAAGUGGUCCACAGAUACGACUAUGGGAAAGUCAUCUGCAUCUUUCUUGGAUGUGUCUAUGCAUACGUCAUAAUUUUGAUCCUAGCUGGGCCAGAGUAUCGGGAGCGGUCUUUGGGUGUUGCGCAUGAUACCGACUUGGAAAUUGCUGCUGGACAUGACGCUGUUGCUGCUGUGACAGGGGAGGAUGAUUGGCCAACGGAGAAGGCUGGUGCUACUCGAGUCGAGAAGGUGUAA